CGACAUUAUUCAGGCUGAUGGAUGUGGGCUGUGAUGUCCGUUCAGAGUGAGCGUCGGGCCGCCGGUGGGGCGAGUAUGCACGCUCACCCUCAGCCCGUCGCUGUUCAGGAUGAGGUGACCGCUAACAUGGUGCUAACCGAGCUCGCUGGCGACGCGGCGACUCUACAUGUUGACCAGAUGAAAAACGGCCCGCAGUCGCCAGUCGAGACGCAGAAACUGAGCAAGCGGCGCUACACCAUGAGCGUGGGGUUCAAACACCCGAGCCUCAGUAAACGCAGGCGCCGCGCCAACUCCGAAUGCAACCCAGUGCUGCCCUCCAACUUCCUGCUGGGCGGGAACAUCUUCGACCCGCUGAAUCUCAACAGCCUACUGGACGAGGAGGUCAGUAAGGCGCUCAACGCCCAGACGCCCAAAUCCUCGCCGCUUCCCAGGAAAAACAGAGACCCGGUGGAGAUCCUGAUUCCCAAAGACAUCACCGACCCUCUGAAUCUGAGCGGCCGCGGCGGAGACUCGGCGGCGGGCGUGUUAGUGUCACCCUUGAAGAGCCGGCGCCGACAUCGCAACCGACACCAUCCGGGAGCGCCCGCUGAGCCUUCAGAUGGUGAGAGGUCAAAGGUCGACGAGGGGUCGGCGUCGGGCCCGUUGUUUCCUGGCGAUACUUCGGCGCCUGACAAGGUCGCGGACACAGCUGCUGCGCUAGAGAAGUCGCCGCAUCCUUACAAACUCAACACGUCAAUCAACUGCCGUGACGAAGUGGUGCCGCCCAUCCUCCCGCGGCGACGGCCACGCCCCUCCUCGUCUAGCUCCGUCCCUCAGGCGCAGUCCAGCCAGCUGUCCAAACACAGGAAGCGCAGACGAACCAACAGCCGUUCGGACUGCCUGUCCAUCACGCCGACUCCGCCCAUCAAGCGUACAGUCGCGCACAGCCAGACGUUUCACACUCCUGUUGUGGGCGGAGUCUGUGGAGCUCCACCCCUAGGGGCGGGGAAAACCCCACAGCAGCGGCACAGGACGCAGCACAGGUUCCAGUGCGGAAGCUACAGCCGUUACUAUGGUUACCGCACCCCGUCGCUGAACGCCGACCCGCGCCUGGCCGUGUUUAAACCCGAGUGGUUUCGCGGGAAAAAAGUCCUGGAUGUGGGCUGCAACACGGGUCACGUGACCCUCGCCAUCGCCAGACACUGGGGCCCCGAGCGCGUGCUGGGUGUGGACAUCGAUGGCGCGCUGGUGCACGUGGCCCGACAGAACCUGCGCUACUUCCUGUCAGAGCUGCACGGAUUGGACGAGAGCGGCAGGAUGUGGGCGGGUGAGGGGUCAGAGGUCAAGGCCGGAGGUCAGAUGGGGUUAGCGCCUCUGAUGGGCCUGCAGCUCGGCCUGUGUGGUCAAGCGUUACACAGGUUUCCCGUCUCCUUCACGCGCUGCCGUGGACCCAUCGCCACAGUUCCCAUAAUGCCUCACGUCCCGGGCCUGUUCCCCUGCAACGUCUACUUCCUGAAGGGUGACUAUGUGCCGGACAGUGACGAGGCGGUGAUGUCCCAGUCUGCCGAGUACGACGUCAUUCUGUGUCUGAGUUUGACUAAGUGGGUUCAUCUGAACUACGGUGACGCUGGAAUCCAGAGACUGUUUCACCGCAUCUACAGACACCUGUUACCUGGAGGAGUGCUGAUCCUCGAACCCCAGCCCUGGAGCUGCUACAGCCGCCGCAAGAGACUCACGGAGGUGACCUACAGGAACUACAGGAGCAUCAGACUGAAGCCGGAUCAGUUCAGCUCCUUCCUGACGGCUGAGGUGGGCUUCAGCAGCUACGAGCUGAUCGGGACUAAAGGUACCGCACACCCAUCCAGCGCUCACACACACUCUGAAAGACAUCGUCCACAGCAAAUGACCACAGAAAUACACCCAAGUCAGGUUUAUUUCUAUGUAGCGCUUCACACCAUACAGAUUGUUUUAAGUCAAGCCACCUUUAUUUAUAUAGCGCUUUUAACAAUACAGAUUGUGUCGCAAUACUCACUGUAG